AUCGACAAGUACGACCACUUGACGUCUAUGGCAUGGCAGGCCAACAUAAACAUCACUCCCUGUACUAGUAUGGUAGCUAUGAUUGAGUACAUUGUCAAGUAUGCCGCAAAACGGGGAAAAGGCGACGAUGUCGUACUGCGAAAUGGCACAAACCGUUAUCCUGACGGUCAACGAUGCUCGGCCAUAUUACCAAGUUGA